AUGUUUCUGCUAGCGUUCCUGGCCUUGUUGACGUUCGUGUCAGCGGCACAGGGAGCUCUGUUGAACGUCCGUUCGUGUAAUGACGGCCACAAAAAAGAUAACUACGUGCUUUCUGCGCCGUUACUUAAUGUUUCCUACUAUGAACAGGACAGGUUGAUCAACGUCGACAUGGAACUGAUUUCGUUUGACACCAUCAUCGACGUCAACGACACUACAAAUACAUACACAACCAUGCACGUGCAACUGGAAUAUGUGGGAGAAACCGUUUACGACGAGUACCUGCGGUUUUGCGACAAUGUUGACAUCAUAGGCCACGGCGAUGAUCCCAAUUAUUCCUCCACUAGCAGCGCAAGUGCAACCCAAACGAUGCCGUCAGAUAAUGCGUUAGAGACCCUGGGCGUGAUAAGAAACGCCAACGUGAACGACCAGACUGUCGUGGGCUCGGGAUUGCCCGAUCUCCCGUCCACCAGGGGAAACGGCUCUAGCCACUCCGACCGCUCGUGUCCAGUCUAUGCAGGCGACGAACUCAUAAUCCAGAUCCCAAUUACAGUCACGCCCAGGUCCGCGUUUGGCACCUACAAGAUCAAAAUCACCUUCAUCGCCCCAGACGAUAACCACACCAUCAUUGGCUGCUCCACCGCGUGGUUCAGCACGGUCCAAAAGGAGUCGCUAUCGUUGUUUUCCAUGUGUUUGGUUAUAAUUGUGUGCAUCACCGUCUUCAUCUCCAACAUGGCAGGAUACGUGUUUUCUCCAUACAUCGACACUAACAUUGUCUUUCUCUACCGUGCUGCAUCCAUUUGCAACGCUCCGUUGUUGAACCAGGUUUGUCCCGUUUUCAAAGAUUACCUCAAACACCUGCAAUUUAUUUACUUCGUGGCCGGCCUCAACUUACAAUUCCCAGGCUUCUACCAUACGCUCAUAUCCAAUCAAAGAUGGAUAGGUAUUUUGGGAUUCAUCAAGUUUUGUCCUCCUAGUCACGCUGAUAACGUCUAUAAAACCAUGUGGAUCGGAGGCCUGAAAAGUCUUAUCACAGGCAGCACAGAGGAACGUUCCGUGUCAGACUUCUGGUCGGGGUUCCUGAUCGAGUUUGCUAUUUUCGUGGCAGCUGGCUGGUUUGUCCAACUUGCAGGCGCCUGCUUGGUUAUGCUCUUCAGGAAAAAAGCCAGAGAAUUAACUUUCUCGAGAUUCAGCAAACUCAUGGCCCUCACGUGGGUCGGACUCGUUGUCGACUCGUUUCUCGGCUACCUGGCGAUUCCGUUCCUUGUGUACAGCUUUUUCGUGCUGGUUUCUCCUCGAAUUGCUCUGUACGGCCGCCCCAACGGCGAGGAAAAAUCAACAUGGACAACGGCCACCGUAUGCACCUUCCUGGUGCUCUUCUUCACUCUCGAGAUCUACUUCGCUGUCCGGUUUUGCAUCAUGAAACGUGCAAGAGCAAAACUUUACAAAUCCAUCAACGUCAUGCUUGUGUGGCAGACGUUUUACUCGUUUUUGAAAACGUCCAAGAUCUGGUUCGUGCCUUUUGAGUUUUUCCAAGACUUUGUGUUCAGUUUCGCGAUCGGCUGUCUCCAAUUCAGCGGAGUGGCCCAGUUAUGUGUGCUCAUCACCUCGGAGUUUGUGCAUCUAUGCAUCCUCCUAGUCUUGAAGCCAUUCUAUUACAACACAGGUACAAAUGUCACCAAGAUCUCGCUGGCUGUUGUGCGUGUCAUAGUCAGUAUUUUGAAUGCCCCGAUUGCAGAGUCUGUCAACUGUCCAGAACUGGUGAAAACCCGUCUCAUCUGGACGAUUUUGAUUCUUCAUCUGUUGACAAUCGUCUUCGUGUUCCUGGUUCCGUCGCUAUACAAACUGUUUACCACUUUCAAACUCUACUACAAAUACAGGAAAGGAAAGAAAGGCACAGAUAUACCUGAUUACGUCCAGCGUGGCGAGAUGAUCGAGGUGCCGCUGCGAGCUGACAACAGAAGCUUUGUUUCGUUGGACGAAUCGUUUGCCGAUUGGAACCUCGGUCCUCCAAGUUUGCUUGUCCAGGAUAACGAAACCCGGUCGCUACAUAGCGACAAACUCGAGUUUACAGACCGGCGUGUUCUGCCAGGGUUGUCCAUGCCGGAACCUGUCUACAAUCCACAGACAAAAGAUCUUUCGGUUAGAGAGGCAGAUAUAUACUUUGAAGCUUUCCAAGGCACUGAGUCUGAUGCUGAGUUGAUCCGAAUGUGGCAGGAAAGAGGUAGAAAGCUGAACCGAGCUGCAUCCAUGGAAUUCGAAAAACCAUCUUCAAGUGUUGGCUUCCAGGUCAUGAGACCUCGCCCAAGGAAUAAAUCUCGGCUAUCGCAACCAACAAACAGUCCAAACCCCAACAGGAACUCUGCUUUGCAUGUUGUGAACACAGAUUCCGAGUCCGACUAA